AUGCUCAAAACUCUCAUAGAAGAGGUUCGAUUGCAAUUUCUGACAGGCAACACGGAACUUACCCAUUUGAAAGUUUCUAAUGAUCAACUUAUAGUAACGACACAACGAACAGUUUACAGAAUAAAUUUACAGGAUCCAGCCAUUGUCAAUCAUUUCGAAUGUCCGUUAAGUAAGGAGCUAGAAACUAUUAUGAACGUCCACGUUUCCCCUUUGGGCACUGCCGUUUUCCUUCGAACUAACUUUGGUCGGUAUAUGUUAUUAAAGGAUGGCGAAUUCACUCAAUUGAACAAAAUCAAGAAUCUCGAUCUCAGUUCUUUAUAUUGGGUCAAUGAAACCACGUUCUUGAUGGGACUUAAGAAAGUGGCGAAGUUGUACCGAAUUGAGUGGAUAGGAAAGGAUAUAGUUACAAAACUGUGGUAUGAAAACAAGAAGCUGUCCGGGGGGAUUGAUGGUGUUGCAUAUUGGAAGGGUUCCCUCUUGUUAACUAUAAAGGACAAUAUACUAUACUGGAAAGACGUAACAGAUACGAAAUUUCCUUUACUACUACCGGAUGAAUCUGAACAAUUUGAAAGGUUGAAGCAUCACACGGUAAAGAAAUUUGACUCGUAUAAUGGGCUCUUCGCUUGGGUCACGUCAAGUGGCGUUGUCUUUGGAGAUUUAAAAGAGAAUCAAAUGGCUAAAAAUCCUGAUUCCUCCAACAAUGCUGCAAAAUUUUUAUCCUCUUCGAAAGUUUUGCUUAAUUUUGAGUUGCCUGAUUAUCAGAACGACAAGGAUCACCUUAUCAAAGAUAUAGUUUUGACUGCUUUUCAUAUUCUACUUCUGAGAAACAACACGGUUACGAUGGUAAAUCAACUAAAUAAUGAUGUAAUGUUUCAUGAGGCUAUACCGAGACAGCAAUUCCCCGGUGCCAGUAGCGAUAACAGUGAAAAAAUACUGGGACUAGUUAGAGAUUCGGAAAAGGAAACAUUUUGGUGUUUUUCCAACGUAAAUGUUUUUGAAAUAAUUAUUGAGAAUGAAACUAACUCGAUAUGGAAUUUAUUGGUUCAAGAUAACAAAUUUGACAAGGCUCUUGCAUUAAAGGGCCUAACGCAAAGAGAAACGGAGUCUAUAAAGUUUUCAAAAGCUAUGUAUCUUUUUCACACCACUAAGGACUUUCAUUUAGCUGCUCAAACUCUGGGAAGCAUCAAAGAUCUAUCACAUUUAGGCGACAUUGCAUUGAAUUUUCUCCAGAUGAAGGAUUACGGCAACUUGAAUGUAUUACUGAUAAAACAAUUGGAUAAUGUACCCUGGAAAUCAACCCAAAUGGUUUUAUCAAGUUGGAUUGUUUGGAAUUUCAUGAAACAGAUAAAUGACAUUGAAUUAAAAAUCAACACUACUAAGACGACCUCCACCGAUGAAGACAAUUUGUUGAACUGGAAUUUAAAGCUUAAAAAGAAGUCGAUUGAGCUGGCGAAGUUCCUGGAAGAGCAUUUAGAAACAUUGGACAACAGAACUGUUUAUCAAAUAAUGUCCAAACAGAACAGGCAAAAUGAAUUACUAAUUUUUGCCAAAUUAAUCAACGAUAUGAAAUUUUUAUUAUCAUUUUGGAUUGAUCAAGGAAACUGGUAUGAAUCUCUAAAAAUUCUGUUGACAAUAAACAACCACCAUCUAGUUUAUAAAUACUCUUUGAUUCUUUUAUUGAACUCGCCAGAAGCAACAAUAUCAACGUGGAUGAAAAUUAAAGACCUAAAUCCCAACAAACUAAUUCCGACAACCUUAAAAUUUUUCACGAAUUGGCAAAAUAACUCGAAACUGAUAAACACUCCAUCAGAUUAUCCCGAAAAUUACUCGCUAACCUACUUAAAUUGGUGUGUUAGGGAAGUUCCAAGAAUUUGUGAUCCGAUAAUAUACAAUUCUAUUCUUUAUAUGAUGAUCACUAAUCCCAAAAACGAUGUGAUACUCGAAAAUGAUAUAAUCAAAUUCAUGAGGUCCUAUGAAAACAAGUUUGAUUUAAAUUUCCAAUUACGAUUAUCCUUGAAAUUUAAGAAAACCAAGGCUUCUAUUUUCCUUUUAACACGCUUGAAUCUAUUUGAGGAUGCCAUUGAUUUAGCGUUGAAAAAUAAUUUGAUUGACGACUGUAAAAUAAUUGUAAAUGACGAGGCUCUUAUAGAAGAUUAUAAACUAAGAAAAAGGUUGUGGUUGAAAAUUGCAAGACACUUAUUAGUUUCAAUGAAAGAUAUCGAUAUCAAACAAUUGAUUCGAACAAUUUUAAACGAUUCCGAUGAAGUUUUAACAAUUAAGGAUCUUUUGCCAUUUUUCAAUGAAUAUACUACGAUUGCUAACUUGAAAGAGGAAUUGAUUAAGUUUUUAGAGAAUCACAACAUGAAAAUGAACGAGAUCUCAGAAGAUAUUAUAAAUUCUAAAAAUCUGAAGGUGGAAAUAAAUACAGAAAUCUCAAAAUUCAAUGAAAAAUACAGGAUUUUAGAACCAGGCAAAUCUUGUGAUGAGUGUGGAAAAUUUUUACAGAUCAAAAAGUUUAUAGUUUUUCCCUGUGGCCACUGUUUCCAUUGGAACUGUUUAAUUAGAUUGAUACUAAGCUCAAAUGAUUACAAUUUGAGACAGAAGACGGAAAAAUUUUUGAAAGCCAAGAACAAACAUAAUCUGAGUGAUUUAGAGACUAUCAUCGUGGAGAAAUGUGGGUUAUGCAGUGAUAUUAAUGUGAACAAGAUUGAUCAGCCAGUUCUCAUUGAUGAAGCAGAGUUAGCUAGGUGGAAUGACUAA